AAUUAUUGCGAUUGACAGAUACAGUUUGGUGAUUUAUUGUUGGGAUUGUGCAAUGUUUGAGUGCAAUCGGCUGUGAUGUAUCUGUGACUACUGACAUGCUGCGCCUCUACUUACACGUGGGUCUUCUGCUCACUGUAAUUUUGGCUGCUCCAUCGCAAUCAUCAGACCAUCCUUUCGCCAACUUGCCAGGGAAGGAGCAGGGCACUACUAGACCUACAGCUUCCAGCCACAUCAGAGUCAAGCGAGUCACCUGUGAUCUCCUCAGCUUGCAGAUGAUGGGCACUGCCCUUAACCACGCAGCAUGUGCUUUUCACUGCCUCCUCAAGGGCUACAUGGGUGGUAGUUGUAUAGUAGGAGUCUGCUACUGUCGUCCAUACUUAGAGAAAUUGUAUAACAGGACUCAGGCCCGUGUUUGUAAACGAUCACUGUAUUGAACUUUAUUUAAUUUCGCAAAAAAUCAAAAGAAAGACAUCUUAUCAAAAUUAACUUAUAUACUUAGAGAAAACAUAUAUAAUAUACCAGAGAUAUAUGUAUCUAAAUGUAUUCCCCCUAAAUUGUGAAUAUAUUAAAUUUAAUUUAUUAUUAUUUUAGUAAGAAAUAUUUUUAGGCAAAAAAAUGAUGGACUUUAGUAUGUACUUACCUCCUAUUUAUAGUAUAGUUCGUUUCAUAAUUGUUCCAGUUCAGUUUAAAUUAUGUCCCAGACAUAAAAAUGUGUUACUUCUAGCGCCCACAAGAUAUUAGAUGCAAUUGUACUACAGAUUUGUUUCAUUCAGAUAAUUGAAGGGGCAAAUAUUUAAUCUAGUUAUUAACUUUUUUAUCCAUCUACAUUUAAUGUUUUUUUCCUUAAAAUGUUUUCCUUAUAAAUGUUGUUUUAAAUUUAUUUAGCUGCAUUUUAUUUGAAGAUUACACGACAAUUUUCAAUAAAAAUGUGCAAUAUA